AUGUCGACGACGCGACCGCGCGAUGACGCGACCUCGGUGCCGAUGAUCCGAGCGCGCGACGAGGAGCGAACGUUCGAUCGGGAGAAGGUUCUGGGACGAGACACCGCGAGCGUGUUUCCGUCGACGACCGGGGGCGAGACGAGCGAGAGCGCUCGAGCGGCGGUGCAGCGCAAGUUCAUCACCGAGAGUGAAUUGAUGACGAUGCGAGAGAGCGAACGAGGCGGCGGAGACAAAGGGAGAGAGACGGGGAAGCCACUGUAUCAAAUCCUAGCCGAGCGUGAGGAACACAAAGAGCAGGAGUUUCAGGAGAAGUGGGCGAGCAUGAAGGUUGGGAAGAAUCGACCGCUGGACGCGGAUGAGGUGGAGUUCCUGGACGAGGUGGAAAACGAACGCCGAGCGGCGGAGUUGAAGCGGAAGAGGGAAGAGAACGAUGAGUUGGAGAAAUUUAAGUCGUUACAGCGAGGGACGAGCGCGACGGUGCGCGAGGUGGAGAACGCGCCACCCGCGCAAGAGCCGCCGAAACCCGUCGUGGCGGUGGUGAAGAAGAAGCCGACGCUCGUCAAGGCUCGGAUCAAGGAGCCGAUUGAGAAGAAACCGAGCGAGGUCGAGAAAUCGUCGAAUGAGAACGGUCUCGCCGGGCUCCUCGGAGAUUACACCGACAGCGAUGGCGAAUAG